UCGCGUCGGGCGAGUCUUCGCGUCUGCCUCGCGAACUCGGUGAAAGGAAUUGGCGCCGUUCGACACCAGGCGGGUCCGCUCUGCAGCACGCACCCAUCCCCAGCCGCCGCCGCCGCCGCCGCCAGGGCCCGAGGGAGCCGCGCCGAGGUCGAGCCAGCAGCCAGCGGCGACGCCGGGCCUCACCAUGAGUUCCUCGCCCGUUAAUGUCAAGAAGCUGAAGGUGUCGGAGCUGAAGGAGGAGCUCAAGAAGCGGCACCUCUCCGACAAGGGCCUCAAGGCCGACCUCAUGGACCGGCUCCAGGCCGCGCUGGACGAGGAGGCCGGCGGCCGCCCGGCCACGGAGCCCGGGAACGGCAGCCUCGACCUGGGCGGGGACGCGGCCGGGCGCUCGGGCGCGGGCCUGGAGCAGGAGGCCGCGGCGGGCGGCGACGAGGACGAGGAGGAGGAGGAGGAGGGCAUCGCCGCGCUCGACGGCGACCAGAUGGAGCUCGGCGAGGAGAACGGGGCGGCCGAGGCGGCCGAGGCGGGCGCCGGGGAGGCGGAGGAGGCGGCCUCGGAGGACGAGAACGGCGACGACCAGGGCUUCCAGGAGGGCGAGGACGAGCUGGGCGACGACGACGACGGCGCGGGCGACGAGAACGGCCACGGCGAGCAGCAGCCCCAACCGCCGGCGGCGGCGCAGCAGCCGGCCCAGCAGCAGCAGCGCGGGGCCGCCAAGGAGGCCGCGGGGAAGAGCAGCGGCCCCACCUCGCUCUUCGCGGUGACGGUGGCGCCGCCCGGGGCGAGGCAGGGCCAGCAGCAGGCGGGAGGUAAGAAGAAGGCGGAAGGCGGCGGAGGCGGCGGUCGCCCCGGGGCUCCGGCGGCGGCGGGAGACGGCAAAACAGAGCAGAAAGGCGGAGAUAAAAAGAGAGGGGUUAAAAGACCCAGAGAAGACCAUGGCCGAGGAUAUUUUGAGUACAUUGAAGAGAACAAGUACAGCAGAGCCAAGUCUCCUCAGCCACCUGUUGAAGAAGAAGACGAACACUUCGAUGACACAGUGGUUUGUCUUGAUACUUAUAAUUGUGAUCUACAUUUUAAAAUUUCAAGAGAUCGCCUCAGUGCUUCUUCCCUUACUAUGGAAAGUUUUGCUUUUCUAUGGGCUGGUGGAAGGGCAUCUUAUGGUGUGUCAAAAGGAAAAGUUUGUUUUGAGAUGAAGGUUACAGAGAAGAUCCCUGUAAGGCAUUUGUAUACAAAAGACAUUGACAUACAUGAAGUGCGGAUUGGCUGGUCACUAACCACAAGUGGAAUGUUGCUCGGUGAAGAAGAGUUUUCUUACGGGUACUCUCUAAAGGGAAUAAAGACAUGCAACUGUGAGACAGAAGAUUAUGGAGAGAAGUUUGAUGAAAAUGAUGUCAUUACAUGUUUUGCUAACUUUGAAAGUGAUGAAGUAGAACUCUCUUAUGCUAAGAAUGGACAAGAUCUUGGCAUUGCCUUCAAAAUCAGUAAGGAAGUUCUCACUGGACGGCCAAUCUUCCCACACGUUCUCUGCCACAACUGUGCAGUUGAAUUUAAUUUUGGUCAGAAGGAAAAGCCAUAUUUCCCAAUACCUGAAGACUAUACUUUCAUCCAAAAUGUCCCCUUAGAGGAUCGAGUUAGAGGACCAAAGGGGCCUGAAGAGAAGAAAGACUGCGAAGUUGUGAUGAUGAUUGGCUUGCCAGGAGCUGGUAAAACUACUUGGGUUACUAAACAUGCAUCUGAAAAUCCUGGCAAAUACAAUAUUCUUGGGACAAACACCAUUAUGGAUAAAAUGAUGGUGGCAGGCUUUAAGAAGCAAAUGGCAGAUACUGGAAAGCUGAAUACACUCUUGCAGAGAGCCCCACAGUGUCUUGGAAAGUUUAUUGAGAUUGCUGCCCGCAAGAAGCGCAAUUUCAUUCUGGAUCAGACAAAUGUGUCUGCUGCUGCCCAGAGGAGAAAAAUGUGCCUGUUUGCAGGCUUCCAGAGGAAAGCUGUUGUAGUUUGCCCAAAAGAUGAAGACUACAAGCAGAGGACACAGAAGAAAGCAGAAGUAGAGGGGAAGGACUUGCCUGAGCACGCAGUCCUCAAAAUGAAAGGAAACUUUACCUUGCCGGAGGUGGCCGAGUGCUUUGAUGAAAUAACCUAUGUUGAACUUCAGAAGGAAGAAGCCCAAAAACUUUUGGAGCAAUAUAAAGAGGAAAGCAAAAAAGCCCUUCCACCAGAAAAGAAGCAAAAUACUGGCUCAAAGAAGAGCAAUAAAAAUAAGAGCGGCAAGAACCAGUUCAACAGGGGUGGUGGCCAUAGAGGACGUGGAGGAUUCAAUAUGCGUGGUGGCAAUUUCAGAGGGGGAGCUCCUGGGAAUCGUGGUGGUUACAACAGGAGGGGCAAUAUGCCACAGCGAGGUGGUGGCGGUGGUGGAAGUGGUGGCAUUGGCUAUCCAUACCCUCGUGGCCCUGUGUUUCCUGGCCGAGGUGGCUACUCGAACAGAGGGAAUUACAAUAGAGGUGGAAUGCCCAACAGGGGAAAUUAUAACCAGAAUUUCAGAGGACGAGGAAACAAUCGUGGUUACAAAAAUCAAUCUCAGGGCUACAACCAGUGGCAGCAGGGUCAAUUCUGGGGUCAGAAGCCAUGGAGUCAGCAUUAUCACCAAGGAUAUUAUUGAAUACCCAAAUAAAACGAACUGAUACAUAUUUCUCCAAAACCUUCACAAGAAGUCGACUGUUUUCUUUAGUAGGCUAACUUUUUAAACAUUCCACAAGAGGAAGUGCCUGCGGGUUCCUUUUUUAGAAGCUUUGUGGGUUGAUUUUUUUUUUCUUUUCUUUUUUGUACAUUUUUAAUUGCAGUUUUAAAGUGAAUCGUAAGAGAACCUCAGCAUUGUGCACGAUAAGAGAAUGUGUCAGUAUUUCAGGGUUCUACAUUUUAUCUGUAAAAUGUGACUUUUUUUUAUCACAACAAAAGUAAAAUGUUGCUUUGUACCUGGUGUCUUUUAUUAAGAAUUUACUCCCCCCAUUUCUCACAGAAUAACAGUCGGGAGUCAUUGUCACAAUAUAAUAGAAAUGUUAGCAACCAGAUUCAUGUAAGGACUAGUGGUCCUCAUGAAUUUCGUAAGACUCUGUAAUGCUCAUAUUACACUCCAUCCUCUCUAGUUUGCUGGGUAAUAAGUGAAGAGGGGGUAAGAUAAAUAGUAAAUUCUGACAAAAACUGGGAAGGCCUUUUCUGUUUAAAUAACAAUGGAAUUGGUUAAUUGGGAAUGAAUGUGAAAAUUGGAAAGAAGGUGGAGAAGAUGGAGUGUAUGUAGAAGGGCUGUUAAACAAUGUAAAACUUGGUUGCAUUAUUUGUGGAGGCUCAAACUUGUGAAGGUUAAAUACCAUAAUUUUUCCAUUUGUUCUGCAUUUUGAUUCUGAAAGAAAGCUGGCUUUGCCCAUUUCUUAUUAAAAAACUUGUUGUAAAUCCAGUUGUCUAAUGGGAUCUAUAUGAAGUUAGCUAUGUCUGUAUGCCCUUCUCCCACAAAAUACUGUAUAACUAGUGUGCUUGUAGUAGUUAACUCCACCAUCUUUGUAAGCUAAUGAAAUUGUGAGUCACCCAUUUAUAUCUUAAUUUCUAAUCAUGUCAGUUUUUGAAUGGGUAUCUCCUUAGCCUGCUGAUUUCUUUUUCUUUCUAAAGAAAGUGGGUGGAGAAAUUAAUUUAGACGUUUGUUUGCAAUAAAAAGAAUUCAUUUUA